GCAACCGCUCUACUGGUCUGGUACUGAGAAGAGAAAACCAAAACGAGCGCCGAGAGUUUGUGCUGGACGGAGCAACCGUGUGCUGGCUUCAGUUCCGUUCCAACCGUCGUCGGGGUUCGUGCGGGUCCAAAACAACACCACCAGACGCACUGGGCUCGGCCGAUCGAUCCAAGCAGUCCUGUUGCGACGGUGUGUCCUUCGGGCUGUCGUGUGAAGGCAACGGGCUCCGAUCCCCCUCGCAGCAUCCGCAGCCAGCGAAGGGGAGCAAUUACGCCACGGCCACGGUCCCGGUGCCAAUAGUGCUAGAACAAGCAGUAGGAGAACAAGGCAGACGCGGCAGACACCAGGCGGAGUGCAAUAAUACCUGCUCAAUCGAAAACGGUGGGACACGACGGAAGGCAAAAUCACAUCCCGCAAGGAUUCUCGUUUUGCUGUGCAGUGUGUGUGUGUGUGUGUGAGGAUUUGUAUGCGGGAGUUACUGUGUGAGGUGUUUUUUUUGGUGAAGUGAAAAAUAAUAGAUCCGUCUCCGUGGUCUCGAGGGUUGCCGUAACAUAGCGGAAGAAAUCCGAUCCAAGCAACCAGCCAAGUGACCCAGUGGUUCGGCCGUGUUUUUAUGUUCUACGAGCGGUGCGUACAAGUGAAAAGGCUUACCACUCCUUCACGGUGGAACGCUAAUUGCUUUAUUUGAAAGAAACACCUCAAGAGGGUCGGCAACAAUUGCAAACGACAGCGGCACUGGAGUAUCCAGUGAGUCCACGUUCGGAGUGCGCCCGCUGGAGAAGCUGUACGGGAAACCAAAAGGUUAAAUAAUGGACCGCAUCUGCAGUAGAGCAGUGGGCUACGCUUGAGAUCGUCGCACAACUGCCAGCCUGCCAACAGCGGAUUUAACGAAGCGGAAACGAGGGCCCGGAUCAAGUUACCGAAAAUUUUGCCAAUUUGCCGCUCGUAAGGCUUCGUCGUCACCACCGCGGUGCGAGCGCAGUGAAAGUGCAGUCGAAUCGAUCGAGCCCAUCUGGCGAGCCCCGCAGUGUACAACUACUACGUGCGACUGAACGGCCGACCGGAGCCCAAACACCCUAUCCUACCGGGCCCCCUUCUCCCCCCCCCCCCAUCCACCCCCCUUAGCAUCUAGGAGCCUAGGAGCCGGAGAUCGAUGGGCGAAUAUGGCACACUGGACACGAACACCAUUACCAGCAGUAGCAGUGCGUCCUCCGUUACGUCAAUUCUGAUGCCGAUGCCAAUGUCGAUGGCAGCAGCAGCAGCAGCCCCACCCACCUCCUCCUCUUCCUCCUCUUCCGCGGCAGCAAUGUCGGUGUCUGCCGCGGGCAAACCGUCGCCCUCCUGUCCCUCCUCGACCGGGGCGGCUCCGUCCGUCGCGAUGGUACUGGCGGCAGCGGCCGCCGCAGCGACAGCCAACAACACUACAACGAACCAAAUGCCGUGCAAUCACGUCCAAACGUCCACCUCCUCGUCGUCGGUGGAAUCUGACAGCUACCAUUUCUACCAUCACAAAACGGCCGGCCCGAACGGGGGCAGCAACGGGGUCGGAGCGGGGCCGGGCUCUGCCAGCGCCAGCCAUCACGGUACCGGUGGCGGCGGUGGUGUCUCCAAGGGCAGUGGGAGAGCUGGGACAGGGCACGAACCUGCGUCAUCGUCCGGCAUGCCACGACCGUCGGCAGUGUCGGGCAGUAACGGGGGCGCCGGCAAUGGUGGCGGCGGCAGCGGACAGCGGGUAAAGUGUAAGGAUCCAAUACGCGUCGGUUUCUAUGAAAUCGAGAAAACGAUCGGCAAGGGCAACUUUGCCGUGGUUAAGCUGGCACGCCAUCGAAUUACCAAAAAUGAGGUAGCAAUUAAAAUUAUCGACAAAUCCCAGCUGGAUCCGGGCAACUUGCAGAAGGUUUAUCGUGAGGUUGAAAUUAUGAAGCGCUUAGACCACCCGCACGUCAUCAAGCUGUACCAGGUUAUGGAGACCCAGAGCAUGAUUUACAUAGUCUCGGAGUAUGCUAGUCAGGGUGAAAUUUUCGAUUACAUCGCAAAGUACGGACGACUUAAUGAACGUGCUGCUAGGAAUAAGUUUUGGCAGAUCUUAUCCGCCGUAGAAUACUGUCACAAUAAGGGCAUAGUACACAGAGAUCUUAAGGCUGAGAAUCUAUUGCUAGAUUCCAAGAUGGACAUCAAAAUAGCGGACUUUGGGUUUUCCAACUUUUACAAAAAGGGCGAACUGCUGGCCACCUGGUGCGGUUCGCCACCGUACGCCGCGCCGGAGGUGUUCGAGGGCAAGCGGUACACUGGGCCGGAGAUUGACAUAUGGUCCCUGGGCGUUGUGCUGUACGUGCUGGUGUGCGGAGCGCUACCGUUCGAUGGAUCAUCGCUUCAAUCGCUGCGGGAUCGUGUGCUGUCCGGCCGUUUUCGGAUUCCAUUUUUCAUGAGCUCCGAUUGUGAAUCGCUCAUCCGUAAGAUGCUGGUGCUGGAUCCGUCACGCCGGUUCUCGAUCGACCAGAUCAAGCGGCACCGCUGGAUGAUGGUGGAAAUCAUCGACACGCCGAAGAUUAGCAGCAUCGUCAUCAAUGGGAGUGUGAGUGAAGUGAGCGCCCUCGAAACGGAACCGAACGAGCAGAUACUGAAAAUUAUGCAAAACCUGGGCAUCGACAUUCUCAAGACGAGGGAAAGCUUAAAGCUUCACAGCUACGAUCACUACACCGCAUUCUAUUUGCUGCUACUGGAAAGACUGAAGAGCCGCACAGUAUCGCACGAGAACGCCACCACCGUCGCCGGUUGCAUCGGUGGCGGCAAGUCGGGCAUGCACGAGUCGCAGCGCCGCCGUCCAAGCAACGUGGCCGAACAGGCAAUGCGCAAGCUCGCCAUCAGUGCGCAGCACAAGAGCGACCAGCCGAGUUCGUCGCCUAAGCAUCAGCAAGUCUCGUCCGGUUUGAACAAUCACAGCUCGGAAACGCUGCACGGGCUGCUGUCGGCGGCACAGCAGGUCGGUUCGGGCGUGUCCCCCGCGCUGCCCGCGAUGGCCCCCGGCAUGAUGCUGCUGCGCGAUACGAGCAUCCGCGAGCAGCAGCCGGUGCUGAAGGACAGCUCGUACUUCCGGGGCGUAUCGUACACCUCCAGCUCGGGCUUUACCGAUGCGUCGCUGUACCAGCUGGCGUCGUUGCGCGAGCGCGACUGCAGCUCCACAUAUCUGACCGGCACGGUCGGGCUGCUGCCGUCGUCGCUUUCCUCGAACGUGGCGGGCACGCUGGCAGCGGCGGCAGCUGGGGCGUCCUCGUCCAGCGCACGGGAGAGCAACUCCAUUGUGCUGCGCGAAUCGGGCAUCCUGUCUAGCCGCAUCUCCUCGAGCCGGCUCUUGUCCAGCAACAUCGACAAGCGCAUUCUGCAGCAAAGCACGGAAGAUUGUCGGCGGCUACUGCAGCAGGCACGUCCCGUAUCGAUGGGUGAAUCGAAUCGGUAUACGAAACCACCGUCCCAUUCGCCGGUGAACAGCGAUCUCCACCAGACGGCUUCGCCGCAGCCGCCCUCCCAGUCGUCGCCGGCCCAGUCGUCCGCGGUGCCCCAGUCCCAGCGCUACUCGGACCCGCUGAAUGGGUUCAGCAAGGACUACCUUACCAGCGCGUCAUCGAACGCCGAAACGUCGAUCACGGUGCCACCGUUCAAGGACUACCUGAACAACAUGCAAACCUACUCGUACCUACAGCACUACGAGCCCAACCUGACCGUGGCGAGCUCGGUAGCGAGUGGCCAUACACCACCGCCGGCGACGUCCAUUACGGCGCAGUACAGCUCCAGCACGGACGAAGGGUGUGAAACCGAUCUGGGAGACGAGGACGUACAGCAGUCGAUCGACAAGUCCAUUCAGCGGCUCAACUCGUUCGCCAGCUCCAGCUCGUCCAGCGGUGUCGUCACCAACAUCCAUCCGAAGAGCCUGAGCCAAAACCUAAGCUGCGACUCGUCGCGCAGCAACUUCUCCACCUUCGAAAGCUUGGAUCUCAACCUGUCCGACUGUGCGGAGCUGGCGGGCAGCCUGCCGUCCUGCACCGCCACGACGGAAGCGUACGAAAGUGUGGCCAAAGAUGAAGCAACGUUCCGUGCCGUCACUAGUGCGGCGUGCAUCAAUCAGCCGCAGUGCGUGUACGCCAUGUCGGACAAGGUGGUCAGCUCGUUCCUGCGCGCCAACACGGUGUACCAGGACGUGCACAAUGGGGACCAUCGCAGUAUUACCCGGUCGCCGGUCGAUUUUCGCGAGGGCCGCCGGGCGAGCGACGGGCUCGUGACGCAGGGGCUGGUGCACGCGUCGGACCACCCGCUCAACUCGCCGGUCGCGUUCAACAGCCAGCGGCUGAACGAGACGUGCAAGGCGAAGGGCGUGCUCGAGCUGCACCUGCUGCAGAAGGAGGCGGCCCAGCUGAAGGUGAAGUAUCAGGCGAACGUGCCGCAGGACGAGAUCAACGUGCGCCAGCUGCAGCACAGCCAGUUCCGGGUGAACCCGCUGGACGGGCUGCUGCUGAAGCCGCUGUCCGGCUCGGCGCACGGUAGCGCGUGCCUCGAUCCGGCCAGCGGUGGCACCGCCACCGGCUACUACAACAAGGUGGCCGACUACGUGGCCCUGUCGCUCGGCGUGAAGGGUGGGUGUGCGGGGUCGGCCGGCGGGCAGCCCGAGCCGGCGCUCGGGAAGCUCGAGGCGGAGCAGCUGUUGCUGCGGGCUGGCGUCGCCCGCUCGGACCAGCUAAGUGCUGCCGCGGUACAGCAGCUGCAGCAGAAGCCGCCGCUCCAGCAGCAGCUGAUGCAGCACCGGCUGCUGCAGCAGAAGCGCCAGAUCCUGCAGAAGCAGGGCGCGAUGGAGGCGGGCCUGAGCCGCCGGCAGAUGCUGCGGCAGCACAGCUACAAGAUCGCGCAGCAGACGCAAAUCCUGCCGCCGCUGCCGUACGGCGAGAUGGGCGAGCCGGGGGACGGGCCGGCCGGCGGGUAUCCGACCCUGCAGUCCGUCCGCGAGACGGCCAUCCUCGAGACGGAACCGGGCCAAACGCUCAAGGAGCAGCUCGAGCUGUACACGCACCUGCAAGCGCACCAUUCGCAUAUGCAUCACCAGCAACAGCAACAUCAGCAGCAGCAGCACGGGCUUGGGGCAGGAUCCCACCUGGGAGCGGACCGGGGAGCGCUUUGCUCCUGGAACACGCUGCCGAGCUCGAUGAAGACGUGCCAGAUCAGUGAUGGAGCCCCGGCAACCGACAGCCCGUGGAAUGUAGCCGCCCUCUACCAUCAGAAUGUACCGCCGGCCGGGCCGCUGUAUUCGCCGUCGCACUGGAUCACGCCACACACGUCCUCGAUCCAGCACUCGAUGCAGCUACCACUAAGCGAAAGCCCCAUACCGGAGCUGGCCGAACAGAUGGAGUCCAUUUGAGCGGAGAGUCGCGUUGCGCCCGACGACGGUGGCGACGAACGUUCAGUUGCUUACUAGCGCCACGUUGGUUGCGGUUGUACAAUAGGAAGGAUGAGGUGGCAACAGUAUUCAGCACAUGUCACCGUAGCUUGCCACAGAAAGGCUGUUCGUUGUAUGCUGAAAGUAUCAUGGGAUUAGCUAUCAUUAAAGCAAGUGCAGCGUUUGAAGAUGUAAGCGGUAGAAGGUGUUGAUGAUUGCUCGCCUUUCCUUCGUUCGUUGCUGCCUAAUGUUUCAUCCCUAGCGUCGGGUUUUAAGCCGUUUGUAGCGUUUCAAAGCUAUUUUUUUGCAGUACCAGCACGUCCCAGCACACUUAGGAGACGCAUCGCCUGGCAGUUUGUUGAAUACGGAACGAGAGGAAAUAAUUACUUGUAACAACGUCAACGAGACUGGCCAUUGUCAAUUGAUAUGAAAUUGAAAUAACGUAAGAUUCGGUGGUAGAGAGAAGAGAGAGAAAACAAAACUCCGUAACGUAACAAUUGCUACAGCAGUACGCAAACAAUUACAAUUACAAUCAUAUACUCGCAGAAACCUCUUAACCUACCCGCCAGCACCGCCCAGCAAGAGCGUUAGCAUGAAUUUCGACGCUUCGGAAGAUUGGGAAGAAUUUUUUUUUAACGUGAUAGUACGCGAACACUAUUGUAAACUGCGACUGAUUCAUCUGUACGUAAGCGAAACAGGACACGGCGUGGCAGUCGUGUUAGGCGAACCCCAGUAGCAGGACCACACUUGAUAGUGCAAUCGCUAUCAGGGACAAGCCGGGGGUGGUGUAGGCAGAUUGGCACUGUUAGCGUGUAGCAAUCGGAGGGUCUACUUGUACAGUGUGAAGUGAUACUAAAAACAAACAUCUAGUCGAUAAAGGAUUGAUUUUCUACGGUGCCCCUCAACGGCUAGGCAAGCGUUUCCCGCAGUAGGAAAGUCAAUUGAAGAGUUAUGUUACGCUUACCGUUUGUUUCGAUGUUGAUUUAAUUUUCGUUUUAGAAAAUUUUACAAACGCUGCCAUAAGAGAAAUAAUGCAAAUUGUUGUUACACGCUCGAUCCCACCCGAAACGUUACGUUUGUAAAGCGUUUGAAGCGGUGGCAGAGCGAUGGAUUGUGAAUAGUGGAUAUAAUAUAUUUGUUUUUAUUUCCUGCCUUGGUUUAUGAUUUCCUGUUGCAGGGCAUUCCGAUAAGUUUAAACAACAUAAUCACAACACACACACACACUGCAGUUGGGAGAAGUAUUACCGAGCUUUUUGUUUUGUUUAAUUUCUAUUAUUACAAUUAUAUUUUUAUGAUUUGAAGCAAGUCGUGAAUCAAAGUUUACACAUUAGAUACAUUCUAUCAACCGAUGACUGGAAGCGAUUCAUGAGGGUAACUGUAAGUCUUUUCCGAGGCAAUAAGAGCUACACAUUAGGCAACACAUUAGCGAAUAACGAACAACUGCCAAGCAUUUACACACAAAAAGAAGAAGAAGAAAAUACUGCAAGUGUAUUCCUACACAAUGGACCGAACAUGAACGAAGUCAUGGUUUAUCGAACAAUCUUCACUAAACGAAUUGCCGCGAGUGUGUUUUGUAGAGCUUUAUAGUAAUACACAAUCAGCACGGGAAAUACUGA